AUGUCGACCAACUCUAUUAAGCUCCUGACUGGUAACAGUCACCCGGAGCUCGCCAACCUGGUGGCUGACCGUCUGGGCAUUGAGUUGACCAAGAUCAUGGUGCUGCAAUACUCCAACCAAGAAACCAGUGUCACAAUUGGUGAAAGUGUGCGCGACGAAGAUGUCUUCAUUCUGCAAUCGACGAAACCUAACGAUAUCAACGAUGGACUCAUGGAACUCCUCAUCAUGAUCAACGCCUGCAAGACUGCUUCGGCCCGCCGUAUCACAGCUGUCAUCCCCAACUUCCCCUACGCCCGCCAAGAUAAGAAGGACAAGAGCCGUGCUCCCAUCACCGCCAAGCUCAUGGCGAACAUGCUCCAGACUGCUGGCUGCAACCAUGUAAUCACUAUGGAUCUCCACGCCAGUCAAAUCCAGGGCUUCUUCAACGUCCCUGUCGAUAACCUUUACGCCGAGCCCAGCAUGCUCAAGUGGAUCCGCGAGAACCUCGACGUCAGCAACUGUGUGAUUGUCAGCCCCGAUGCCGGUGGUGCUAAGCGGUUAGUUCAUUCUCUGAUUGCUACUGCCAUUGCCGAUCGCCUCGACCUGCAAUUCGCUCUCAUUCACAAGGAACGUGCUCGUCCCAACGAAGUCUCUCGCAUGGUCCUUGUUGGUAAUGUCAAGGACAAGGUUGCCAUCAUUGUUGACGAUAUGGCCGACACCUGCGGUACUCUUGCCAAGGCCGCCGAAACCGUUAUGCAGCACGGUGCAACCGAAGUCAACGCCAUUGUUGUGCACGGUAUCCUCUCCGGAAAGGCCAUUGAGAACCUCAAUGGCAGCUGUUUGAAGCGGUAUGUACAUCUGACGAACCCUGGGAGGUUCAAACAUCGGAGCAGGAUUUGGCUAACUAGUUACAGCAUCAUUGUCAGCAACACUGUCCCACUGGGCGACAAGCAAGAGCGAUGCGACAAGAUCAAGACUAUUGAUAUCAGCCCUACAUUGGCGGAGGCAUGCCGUCGUACACACAACGGCGAAUCAGUUAGCUUCUUGUUCUCGCACACCGUGGGGUAA